GGUGGUUUGGAAUACAGCUUAAUCCUCAGUUUCUGAGUAUUGAUUUAAAUUUGCUUCUGCAGAUUCUUCUUUGUUAGAGCUGGAAUGAUGGGAUGGCUGUUUAUAAACCUGUCGGUUUUAGCAAAGAGUAUCCAAGAUGGUACCCUGAACCAGUCAAUGAUCCUUUACCAAAGCUUCUGUACAUUAUACAUCCUGGACUACUUUUUCUACGAAGAAUACAUGACAUCUACAUGGGACAUAAUUGCGGAGAGAUUGGGCUUUAUGCUGGUGUUUGGGGAUCUCGUUUGGAUUCCUUUUACCUUUAGCAUUCAGGGAUGGUGGCUGCUAAGAAACAACGUGGAGCUAACAACAGCAGCCGUCAUUGCUAAUUGCUUUGUGUUCCUG